AUGUUAAUUACUUCCGCAGUUUCAUUAGCAAUUACUACUAUUUCUGUAACUGUUCCAGUAGUAUUUUACUGCACUAUAAAAGACUGCUGUUUCCCGAAAAAGGCUCCGAAUGAUCGAGAUUUUAAAACUGUGUCAUUUAUUCGAAUUAAUGAUUCUGAUG